AUGCAACCUUUUAAUAAAUACUAUCCGCCAGAUUGGGAUCCGAGCCAGGCUAGUACAGGCUCGGUGAACAAAUUUGUGGGGAAACAUCCACUUGGCGACAGAGCCCGGAAGAUAGAUCAGGGCAUUUUAAUCGUCAGUUGCGGGGCUUGGCGCUAUGAUGUCAACGUAUCGUACUCAAGAUUCGAAUUACCAUUUAACAUCUGGUGUGAAGGUUGUGAAAACCAUAUUGGCAAAGGGGUUCGCUAUAAUGCAGAGAAGAAGAAAGCUGGGAACUAUUACAGUACGCCAAUAUGGAGUUUCCGUAUGAAAUGUCACUUGUGUGAUAAUUGGUUUGAAAUCCAAACGGAUCCAAAGAAUGCGGAAUACGUAGUGGUGUCGGGAGCGCGACGGAAAGAAGAAGAGUGGGAUCCAGAGGAUACGGGGACAAUAAAACUGAAAGAUGACGAUGAGGCACGAAAACUUGCAGAAGAUGCUUUUUAUAAAUUAGAACACGCAGUCAAGGACGAGCAGAAGCAUGCUGCAGCCGUUCCUGCGCUGACACAGUUGCAACGUUUGAACGAGCGGCAGUGGGCCGACCCAUAUACCCUUUCACAGAAAAUGCGCAAAAUAUUCAGAGCAAGUAUUGGAAGCAUCGGUUUGGGCUUACGCUGUUCGGUUGUAUUGACAGGAAUUGUCGAAUUUAUUAGAAUGAUAAGAAAGUGCGGGAAGUACAGAAUCGGCAAGAUGAGGAAAUACUUGAUCGAAAUGGACCCUGUACUAGAACAAGCGCAAAAGCGAAAGCUGGAAGUAACAGCAUCGUCAAUAUUCGAACCACGUUCUUCACGAAAAGAAUCCAAGAAAACAAAAGUGUCGGCGCUGGCGGCUAAAGACAAGAUUGCCCAGCUUUCCGCAAUGGCCAAAGUUAAUACAAAGUUGAAAAUCGAUCCGUUUUUGAGGAGUGACACUGUGGUCAGUAAACCAAAUAACGUAGGAAGCGUGUUGGGUAUAGUAAAAAGAAAGAAUGCAAUUAAUCAUGCCGAAGCUAGUGGCAGCAGCGAGUGGGAAAAUAUGGAAGAGGAAGUAGACGAACCGAUCGAUGAAGUCAUGAAAAAUAUUUUGCACAGUCAACGGGAAAGGGCCGCAGACGUGCGUAUUCCUUCGAUAUCACUGGUGAGCACUGACUACGAUAAUGACGACUCUGAAGAAAGUGAGGAGACAGAAGAGGGGUAA